AUGGUCGUCCUCGCCCACAUCGUCCCGGCUCUCUCCCUCAUCCUUGCCUCGUCAGCCUUACCGACCGACGACUACUCCUACUACGGCUCUGGCUCCGGCGCGUCCAACCAGGUCGCCCCUGCACCCGCUGGCGCCCCUGCGGCCGCCUCUUCGGUCGACCCCAACGCGUACGACGUCAACAAGCAACACAGCAUCCUCUGGAACUCGUGGGCUCCUUCGGCGACUGCGGCGGCCGCGGUGGCUCCGGCGCAGCAUACGGGCGGGUCGAUGGCUGUGGACGUCAAGUAUGGGAGUGGGAGUAUGGCGGCUGUCACGGAUCUGAACUCGUGUCUGCAGAUGUGCCAAGCGAGCUUCGGCGCCCCCGCACACUCCGCAACCCCUCCUGCUCACACCAGCGGGGCUGCUGCACCACUUCCCCCUCCUUCAGCCGCCGCAGCUCCGCCAGCGAACAAUGGCGCGUCCGUCACGCACACCAUCAUCGUCGCUCCUACCCAAGGUGUUCUCCGAUUCGUCCCAUUCUCGGUCAAUGCCAAGCAAGGGGAUAUGCUCGAGUUCAUCUGGGGUGCCGGACCUCACUCGGCGACGCUCAGUCAAGGCCAGAAUGUAUGCAACAAGUCCAUGACUGCUGAGGCAUUCGACUCUGGCAAGCUCAACGCGACCGCCAAGUACAUGGUCAAAGUCAACGCUACCACGCCUACCUUCCACUACUGCACCGUCGGGACGCACUGCACAGCUGGCAUGUUUGGUAUCGUCAAUCCUCCCACUACCAGCGUCACUACCAACCUCACUGCUACUCGAACCACCGCUGCCGGUGCGGGAUCUACUGCAGGCUCCGGCUCUAGCGGAUGUAACGGAGACAGGAUGGACUGCUGGGUUGCGACCUGGGGUGCAUCUUCACCUGAAGCUUCCGCUACCGUUUCGGCCGUCAAAAAGGCAUGCGAGGGUUCCGAGGCGUGGAAGUGGGGCGGAGGGAUGGACAUGUCCGGCAUGCUCGGCCCUGAGGUCACCAAGGUCAACGCGAUCGAGAACGUCAUGUACACCCGCCUCAUGAUGGCCAUGAACCCCGCUAUGAUCGCCCCCGGGGGCGGAGUCGCCGCUACCCUCCCCUCCAACUGGACCGCCGCGCCCGACCUCAAGUCCUUCGUCGCACUCUCCGACUCGACCGGCUCCUCUUCCGUCGCCGCCGCUGGCUCGUCCCCCGCUGCUUCUGGAGCUGAGACAUCCGCUUCUCCAUCAGACGGCGUGGUAGACUCGGCUGCGGCUGCUGCCAACUCGACAAGCGGAGCUAGCCGGAUGAUGGCGCCCGUACUGGCGCUGGCUGUUCUUGCUGGGGGUAUGGCGGUCUUGCUUUGA